AUGGAGCGUAUUUCGGAAAAACGAUAUCCUCUCAGUGCAGUAGAUUACAAGUUAUAUGAAGAGGUUGGGGAAGGUGUCAGUGCCUCAGUAUUUCGAGCUCUCUGCAUUCCACUCAAUGAGAUUGUUGCCAUCAAAGUACUUGAUCUUGAGAAGUGCAAUAACGAUUUGGAUGGAAUUCGGAGAGAGGUACAGACCAUGAGCUUGAUUGAUCAUCCAAAUCUUUUAAGAGCGUAUUGCUCUUUUACUGCUGGGCACAGUCUUUGGGUUGUGAUGCCCUACAUGGCUGGUGGCUCUUGCCUUCAUAUAAUGAAGUCCGCCUUUCCUGAGGGUUUCGAAGAACCUGUUAUUGCAACUGUAUUGCGUGAGGUUCUCAAAGCUCUUGUUUAUCUCCAUGCCCAUGGGCACAUACAUAGAGAUGUUAAGGCUGGGAAUAUUUUGUUUGAUUCUAAUGGUGCAGUCAAAGUGGCUGACUUUGGAGUGUCUGCGUGUAUGUUUGAUACUGGAGAUAGGCAACGUUCAAGAAAUACUUUUGUUGGAACACCUUGCUGGAUGGCUCCCGAAGUUAUGCAGCAAUUGCAUGGAUAUGAUUUUAAAGCCGAUAUAUGGUCCUUUGGUAUAACAGCACUUGAACUUGCUCAUGGUCAUGCCCCAUUUUCCAAGUAUCCACCGAUGAAAGUUUUGCUUAUGACUUUGCAGAAUGCCCCUCCAGGUCUUGAUUAUGAAAGAGACAAGAGAUUUUCAAAGUCUUUCAAAGAGUUGGUUGCCACCUGCUUAGUCAAAGACCCAAAGAAGCGUCCAAGCUCAGAAAAGCUUUUAAAGCACCACUUCUUUAAACAUGCACGUGCCACCGAAUAUCUUGCUCGCACCAUUCUCGAUGGCCUUGCUCCAUUGGGAGAUCGUUUUAAAACUCUGAAGGCUAAAGAGGCAGAUUUAUUGAUGCAGAACAAGGCUCUUUAUGAAAUGGAGCAAUUAUCUCAGAAAGAAUAUAUUCGAGGAAUUAGUGCCUGGAAUUUUAACCUGGAAGAUUUGAAGAGUCAAGCUGCUCUUAUUCAGGAUGAAGACAUGUCAAUUGCAGAAAAGCCAGAUACAGAUAAGAAGAAAAAUGACAUGUCAAUUGCAGAAAAGCCAGAUACAGAUAAGAAGAAAAAAGACAUGUCAAUUGCAGAAAAGCCAGAUACAGGUAAGAAGAAAAAAGACAUAUCAAAUGAUUUAAAGGUUUCCGUGGAGGAGAAAUCUGCUUCUAAUCAUUCCGAGGGUACAUCCACAUUGGACAAGGAGGAUGGAUUCAACAAUCUUCAGGAUUUGGAAAGUUCACUUGCUUCAUUCCCUGUAAAACCUCUUCAAGCACUCAAAGGCUGUUUUGAUGUCUGUGGUGACGAUGAUGUCAAUAAUACUAGUCCAAGAGAUUUGGAUCACAGUUAUGGAAGAAUUGAUAAUGAAAGUUCUGGGCCAAAUAAAAUGUCGCCUCAAAAUGCUAUAACUCAGCCUAAGAAAUUUUUCACUAGCUCUUUACAACCUGAUAAUUUUCCCAAAAAAGUUACUGAUGUGGACAGGGAUUAUCUACCAACAAAAUAUCCUUCCGAAAGGAAUCACAGUGGUCCAUUGUUAUAUCGGCAGAGGAAAGAUAUCAACAACUUUUCAUCUGUUGAUGACACAUCAGAAGGAGCGGUUGUCCAGCGUAGGGGACGGUUUAAGGUCACAUCAGCAGAUCCCAGUUCAAUGGGUCUUUCAAACAACUUUUCUGGCCCAGUUGCUGGAAGUCCUUCUCCUACUCCUACCAGUCCCCCAAAACAGAACUUAAUGGCCGCUUCUAUUCUUCCAUCACUGCAGUGCAUCUUGCAACAAAACGGCUUGCAGAGGGAAGAAAUUAUUAAACUGAUAAAGCACACAGAGCAAUCUUAUGCAGGUAAGAAUACAGAAUCAAUAGAGGCAGGAGCAGUUGAUAUUCUGCAGGCACCACCCGCUACAACUAGAGAGAAAGAGCUGCAUUUGCAGGUGAUUCAACUCCAACAGAGCAUUGGAAGCCUUGUCGACGAAUUGCAGAGACAAAAGAUGAAAAAUGUUCAGUUAGAGAGACAGUUGAGCAGUAUGGUCAACAAAAUUGAAAAGUGA